AUGGAGGCCGCCGGGGUGAUAGCGCAGUUCCGCGGCGUGCAGGCCGCCUUCGCGACCGUCGCCGCUCUGCUGCUGACCUCACACCUGUUCCCGCCGCAGGCGCACGUCGAAGACAACGAGGAGUUUGACUUCAUCGUGGUGGGGGCGGGCAGCGCGGGCGCCGUCGUGGCGGACCGGCUGUCGGAGCUGCCGCACUACAACGUCCUCGUGAUAGAGGCCGGCGGGGACCCACCGUUAGAGUCCCUGACCCCGUCGCUAUACACGUACCUGGCGCGCACGGCCUACGACUGGAACCUGACGUCGGAGGAGGAGGGCAGCGCGCACUGCGCCGCCAGCGCGCGCUUCCCGCUCACCAGCGGGCGCGUGCUGGGCGGCGGCAGCAGCCUCAACUACCUGUUCUACGUGCGCGGCGCGCCCGCCGACUACGACGCCUGGGCCGCCGCCGCCGGCGACCGCGCUUGGGCCUGGCCCGCACUGCUGCCCUACUUCCUGCGCAGUGAGAGCCUCCGCAGCGAGGCGCUGCUGUGCUCCCCGGCGGCCCGCUACCAUGGCACGGCCGGUUUCCAUGGCGUCACGAGGGAGGCGCGGCCCGAGGCGGUCCGCUACCUGCGGGCGUUUGGCGAGCUGCACGACGUGCUGCCGGACAUCAACGGCGACCGCAGCCUGGGCUACACGCUACAGCUGUACAGCAUCGCCAACGGCGUCCGGCAGACCACCGCCUACACGAACCUGGCUAGGUGCAAGGGCAGGACGAACCUGCACGUCCUCAAGCACACCGUCGUCACCGAGAUCCUGUUCGACGAGCUAAACAACGCCGUCGGAGUGAAGACCGUCGUGGGCGGCGACCGCGUCGUCACUCUCCGGGCGCGGCGGGAGGUCGUCGUGUCGGCCGGCGCCCUCAACACGCCCAAGCUCCUGAUGCUCUCCGGCGUCGGGCCCAGGGACCACCUGGAGUCCCUCAACAUUACGGUUCGGAGCGAUCUGCCCGUCGGGCACAAUUACAACGACCACAUAUUAACUUACGUAGGUAUCACAUUAGACGAUUUCAACGCGACCGCGCAUCCCAUAGACCCCACCGCUCAACCCUUUCCGACUUUCGCCGGCUACGUGGCGCUAAACUCGAGCCAAAAAUAUCCCGAUUACCAAACCUUCAACCACGUUAUUCCGAGUAAUUCGACGGGCGCCUACCACUCGUGCGCGGUCAGCUUGUCGCAGGAUCCGGAAAUCUGCGAAAACUUCCUGAGAGCCGGGAAAGAAAAAACUACUAUUUUCACCGCCAUAGCCCUCCUGCACCCGAAGUCCCGCGGCAGGGUGAGCCUGCGCAGCGCGGACCCCGCGGAUCCACCGCGCGUAUGCACGGGCACGUUCGCGCACGAAGACGACGCGGAGACGCUUGCACGCGCGGCGCAGGACCACCUGCGCGUGCUGGACACGGCGGAGUUCCGGCGGCUGAACGCGUCGCUGGUGGACCUGCGGCUGCGCGGCUGCGGCGCGGCGGACGCGCGCAGCCGCGAGUACUGGCGCUGCCAUGUGCGGCGCGCGCGAUCCACCAUGUUCCACUACAGCGGCACGUGCGCGCUGGGCGCGGCGCAGGACCACCUGCGCGUGCUGGACACGGCGGAGUUCCGGCGGCUGAACGCGUCGCUGGUGGACCUGCGGCUGCGCGGCUGCGGCGCGGCGGACGCGCGCAGCCGCGAGUACUGGCGCUGCCAUGUGCGGCGCGCGCGAUCCACCAUGUUCCACUACAGCGGCACGUGCGCGCGCGCGGCGCAGGACCACCUGCGCGUGCUGGACACGGCGGAGUUCCGGCGGCUGAACGCGUCGCUGGUGGACCUGCGGCUGCGCGGCUGCGGCGCGGCGGACGCGCGCAGCCGCGAGUACUGGCGCUGCCAUGUGCGGCGCGCGCGAUCCACCAUGUUCCACUACAGCGGCACGUGCGCGCUGGGCGCGGUGCUGGACGCGCGACUGCGCGUGCGCGGCGUGGGGAGGCUGCGCGUGGCGGACGCCAGUGCCAUGCCCGCGCUGGUAGGCGGCAACAUCAACGCGCCCGUUAUCGCGCUCGCUGAGAAGGCUGCCGACAUCAUCAAGGAGGAUCAUUGCGCCCUGCCGCGUUCCGCCCCGCCCUCCGGCCCGCUGGCCCCUCUGGAGUCCGCUUACAAUUAUAAUAACGAAAAAAGGCAACAUCUCAGGACGAUCGACAAAAAGAAUGGAAAUCGGGAGCAGAGCACCCCCGUACACGCUGAUUAA